AUGGAAAUUGUAAUUAAGGAGGCACUUGUUUUACUUGGAAUAAAAGGAUAAAUGCAAAAAAGUGAUUUAAUAGAAAAGUUGGAAAAGAAUGAUUGUCUUCCUGGCUUUGAAUCUGAGAAAUUAAUUGAAAGAUUGUAAAGUUUAUAAGGAAUUUAAAUUACAAAUGAUAAAAUUUCAUAUAAGAAGCUAUCAAAUAGAUUGCAUUUGUAUAUUGAAGACAAGAGUGAAGAUAAAAAGUAUUUAAAAGUAAUGGAUGAUAUAUAUUAAAUAAUCUUAAAGGAUAAAGAUGGAUUGAGUUAUCAAUAAAUUUAAUAAAAAUUACCAAAAUCAGGAAAGUUAUUGGAAUUAAAUUAAAUAUCACAUUAUUGUAGAAAAUUAUAUGAUUUGAAUUUAGUGCAUAUUUCAUGCAAAAGUCAUUGUAAAUAGGUAAAGGCAAGAAAAUUUUGUGAAUUUCUAAAAUGGAAAGGAUUUGAAAAUGAAGAGGAAGAAAAGAAUUAUGAUUAAUAACAAAAUCAUUAUAAGGAAUUUAAUUUCUAUUAAAAUCUUUGGCUUAAUUUAUAAGAACCAUUACUUGAAUCAGAAGUGAGAUAAAGAAUGAAUAAAUGUGAAGAAAGUAAAUCCUUUUCAAGAUUGAUUGAUAAUUUAUUUAAAGUGGAAUAAGAUCUAAAUUAAGUUGCAGAAAGAAGAGGCAAAAUAUUUAUGUAUAGAUAUAAAGCAAAGGAACCUAUAAAAAAAUGGCCAUAUGUCUCAACAAAUUAAAAAGUAACAAUUAGAGGAACUUUAGUUGUAAACUUUGAUCCUUAAGUAUUAUCAGAUUUACAAAGAUUGCUUCAAUAGAAAGGAUAUGUAGUGGAGUAAGAUAAUUAUAAAAUUGGAGAGUGUUUAAAUAAUGUGAAUAAUAGUUAAUUGGAUAUUAAUAAUGAUAAGAAAUAAAAAGGAUAAAGGAAAAUAUAAGUGUCUUAAUAGAAAAUUAAUAGAUUUGCUUGUAUUUGCAAUUAUUUACUAAUUGAAAAAAUAGCAACUGUUAAAAAAUUAAAAGAUUAAAUAAUAGAUAGUGAAAAAGAUGAAAAUAAUGGUAUUAUUGAUACAAGAACAAUACAUUCAUUAUUAAAGACAUUGGAAACUAUUGAGUUUUUAAAGAUUCAUAUAAUAAAAACUAUAAUAGUUUAGAGAGAAUGUGAUCGAUGGCUUAUAUCUCAUUGGAGUGUUAAUGAACAAGAUGAGAAUGUUUAAAAGGGAUUAUAAAAAUUGAAGGAACUCUAAACUGAUAAACCAUAAUAAAAUAAUUACUUAGAAAGUCAAAGUCAAUCAAAAAUUGUAGCUAAAAAUAAAGGAAAUUAAUAGUAAUAAUAAUAAUAAAUAAAUAUUGAAAAAGAAUAAUAAAUAGAAAGUGAUGAAAGUCAUAAAAUUUAUUAAAGUGAAGAAGAUAAAGGUUAAUAUGAAAAAAUUAAUGCAAAAGAAUAUAAAAUUAAAUAAGCUACUCAAAAACUCAAUUCAAUCAUUAAUAAAAUAAAUAAAAAGGAUAUUAAGAAAGCUUUUAAAAAAUUAAAACCUAAUUAUGAUGUAAAGAUUGCAAAUGAAAUCUUUUAGAGAGUCAAUCUUUAAGAUAGUUCUAUUGGAGCAUUGCUAGGGUUAGAAUAAAAAGUUUAUAAUUAAAUUGAAUGUACUAAAUCAUUUUCAUAUUUGGAUGAAUGGGAAAUAGAUACAAGGUAAUUAAAUCCAUUAACAUAUAUUUAAUAUUCAAAUUUAAGUGAUUAAUUAACACCAUUAGAAUAUAAACAUAAUAAAUAAUUCAAAAAAAAUAAUGUAAACUAUGAAUCAUAAAAAAAUGCUGCAGAAAAAUUAAAGAAUUAUUUAUUAAGAUAUCCCAAUUAGAGUUUAGGUAAAUUAAUGCAUAUUUUUCCAAAUAUCAAUAUUUAUGCCUUACUUAAAAAAAUGUUAUUGGAUAAUACUAUUGAAGUACUAAUUAUAAAUUUAAUUAAUAGAUUAAAAUCUUAACUAAUAAGAAUUAGGAUCUAGAUCAAGCAUUGGAUUAAUAUACAAUAGAUUAGAUUAAAUACAGGAUAACAGAAAAUUAUUUAGGAUAUUUUUGA